AACUUUGAUGUCUGUCUGUUCUUCACCCUGAACCCCAAAGAUGUUAGAAUACAUUUGUUAAAAGGGACAAGAAAUUACAUAGAAGAAUGUCCUCUCAUAUCUUAGAAUACAUUUUUAGGUCUGCAUGCUCAGCCUCACCUACCUGAUGAUGGUGAGGGAUGGUGUGACCUUCCUGUGUGGAAUCCCAGGAAUACAGAGGACGGGGACAUCUCUCUGGUGGGUUCCCAUGACUGGAUCCAUCUACCUGAUAAUGGUGGGGGAUGGUGGGAUCUUCCUGUGUGGAAUCCCGGGAAUACAGAGGAUGGGGACAUCUCUCCGGUGGGUUCCC